CAGGAAGAUGGCUAUUGAAAGGCAGGGGGUGGGGAGAAGGGACGAGGAUGUGGAGACGCGCCUGUUCCUUGCAGGAAACCUGUUGCCAACAUAGUCGGAAGCCAAGGCAGCUUCCUGAUGCAUGGAAAAAGCAGACAUAUAAACAAUCAGCUAGACUCUAAGGCAGAAUGAGGCGUCCGACCUGUGGAAAUCUAACAAGCAUAGGGGAAAGCAAAGGCAGCAUCUUAGGUAAGUGAAGUUACUCUUGCCUUGAGCUGAGUGUGGGAGCACCGCGAUUGCAAGAUGGGGCGAGGUGAUCAAAGAUCCCGCCUAUUUUCAACCCCGGAACCUCCUCCGCUCGCUGCUCGCCCUCCCGCCCUCCUCCAGCGAGGGAGCGCCAGGCUGUCCGGGCCCCGCCCGGCGCGGGUGCGGCUCCUUUAAGGGCGGGUGGGGGCGGGGCGCCGGCGGUGUUGUCAGUGUCAGCUCUGCGCACGCAGCCCUCCCGGAGCCGGUGCCGGCCCGCGAGCCCCAGCGUCUCUGCAGACCGGUCCCCUCCCGGGUCCGGCGGGGCCCGUGCGGUGGGAGGAGUCGCGCACUGGCCGGCGACUAACUGGGGUCCGACUGCUGACCAAGAUAGGAGGGACCCGGACCACGGAGACAGAGACCCCGGCAUCACGACCCCCGAGGACCUCCUCUCCUCGCCCUGUGGCACCCACUAGUCCUGGACACUCAGCCGCGGAGAGCCCCCGACCCCGUGCUCCCAGCCCCGGGGGAGCCCGCCUCCGCCCCGCGGCCCGCCCGGGCCAUGCUCCCCCGGGGCAGCGGCUGAGCCCCAGCCGGGACCGGGACCGGAGCCCGCGCGGAGCAUGGAUCCGGGCUGGGGGCAGCGGGACGUGGGCUGGGCGGCCUUGCUGAUCCUCUUCGCCGCCUCGCUGCUCACGGUGUUCGCCUGGCUGCUGCAAUAUGCCCGGGGCUUGUGGCUGGCGCGGGCCCGCGGGGACCGGGGCCCGGGACCCGCCUUAGCCGGGGAACCCGCGGGUUCCCUGCGGGAGCUGGGCGUAUGGCGCUCGCUGCUGCGGCUGCGGGCUAUUCGGGCUGGCGCCGCCGAGGAGCCAGGAGUCCGGGGCCUCCUGGCGUCACUCUUCGCCUUCAAGUCUUUCCGGGAGAACUGGCAGCGGGCUUGGGUGCGAGCGCUGAACGAGCAGGCCUGCAGGGACGGGAGCUCCAUCCAAAUCGCCUUUGAGGAGGUGCCCCAAGUCCCACCCAGAGCCAGCAUCAGUCAUGUGACCUGCGUAGACCAAUCUGAGCAUACCAUGGUGCUGCGUUGCCAGCUCUCUGCUGAUGAGGUGCGGUUCCCAGUCUCUGUGACCCAGCAGUCCCCCGCUGCCGUCUCCAUGGAGACCUACCACGUCACUCUGACACUGCCACCAACACAGUUGGAAGUCAACCUGGAGGAAAUCCCUGGUGAGGGGCUGCUCAUAUCCUGGGCCUUCACUGAUCGCCCAGAUCUCAGCCUAACGGUGCUUCCCAAGCUUCAGGCCAGGGAGAGAGGUGAAGAACAAGUAGAGCUCUCCACAAUUGAGGAACUGAUCAAGGAUGCCAUAGUCAGCACCCAGCCAGCCAUGAUGGUCAACCUCAGGGCUUGCUCUGCCCCAGGAGGCCUGGUACCCAGUGAGAAGCCACCCAUGAUGCCCCAGGCUCAACCAGCCAUCCCCAGACCUAACCGGUUAUUCCUACGGCAGCUUCGGGCAUCUCACUUGGGAAAUGAGCUGGAAGGCACUGAGGAACUGUGCUGUGUAGCUGAACUUGACAACCCCAUGCAACAGAAGUGGACCAAGCCCGCGAGGGCUGGAUCCGAGGUGGAGUGGACAGAAGACCUGGCACUGGAUCUGGGCCCCCAGAGCCGGGAGCUGACCCUCAGAGUGCUGAGGAGCAGCAGCUGUGGAGACACUGAACUCCUAGGCCAGGCCACACUGCCUGUGGGCUCUCCCUCCAGACCACUGUCUCGAAGGCAGGUGUGCCCACUCACCCCAGGGCCAGGGAAAGCCCUGGGACCAGCAGCCACCAUGGCAGUGGAGCUUCAGUACGAGGAAGGCUCUCCCCGGAACCUGGGUACUCCCACCUCCUCCACUCCACGCCCCAGCAUCACACCUACCAAGAAGAUUGAGCUUGACCGGACCAUCAUGCCCGAUGGCACCAUUGUCACCACAGUCACCACCGUCCAGUCCCGGCCCCGUAUAGACGGCAAAUUAGACUCCCCCUCCCGCUCCCCGUCCAAGGUGGAGGUGACUGAGAAGACGACAACUGUGCUGAGUGACAGCAGUGGCCCCAGCAAUACCUCCCAUAGCAGCAGCCCAGGGGACAGCCACCUUUCCAACGGCUUGGACCCUGUAGCAGAGACAGCGAUUCGCCAGCUGACAGAGCCCAGUGGGCGGGUGGCCAAGAAGACACCCACCAAGCGCAGCACUCUCAUCAUCUCUGGUGUUUCCAAGGUGCCCAUUGCUCAGGACGAGUUGGCGCUAUCCCUGGGCUAUGCGGCAUCCCUGGAAGCCUCAGUGCAGGAUGAUGCAGGGACCAGCGGAGGUCCCUCUUCACCUCCCUCAGACCCACCAGCCAUGUCUCCAGGACCCCUAGAUGCCCUCUCUAGUCCCACAAGUGUCCAGGAAGCAGACGAGACAACCCGUUCGGAUAUUUCUGAGAGGCCAUCUGUGGAUGACAUUGAGUCGGAAACGGGGUCCACUGGUGCCCUGGAGACCCGCAGCCUCAAGGAUCACAAAGUGAGUUUCCUGCGCAGCGGCACUAAGCUCAUCUUCCGCCGGAGGCCUAGGCAGAAGGAAGCGGGCCUGAGCCAAUCACACGAUGACCUCUCCAACGCAACGGCCACGCCCAGUGUCCGAAAGAAGGCCGGCAGCUUUUCUCGCCGCCUUAUCAAGCGCUUUUCCUUCAAAUCCAAACCCAAGGCCAAUGGUAACCCCAGCCCCCAGCUCUGAGGACCCAGCUCUGAAAGGGCACCAGUUCUCUCAGCCCAUUCCCCACCUCCCCUUCCAUACCCCUUCCUGGAUCUCCAGUGCCUGGGCCAGGAAAGCCCUCUGGGUUCCGGGAAGCACUGUCCACCCUGGGCCAUGGGGCCGGUUGGAAGGAUACUAGGAACGGGAAGCACAUGAGAGGUGGGCACCCGUUGCCGAGGACAUGGACGAGGGACUGGUGGCUGGGAGGGAGAGGAGGGCCCUGUCCGGCAUGUGUGGGCAUUCCCCAGAAGCGUUUGCUUCCUGCUGAGCCUGGUCCCUGAGCGGAGUCCCAGGGUGCUCAGCUCUUCAGCUGACCCUUCCUCCCUUAUUUAUUCUUUUUUCUAUUUAUAUGUGUGGCUUAGGACCCUCUGUGAACAGAUGAUAGAGGGCAUCUCUCCCAGGUGACCCUUCUUUUCUGUCCCAGGAGGGUGGGUAAUUCCCUUUGGAAUGGGGCUCCCACACCUCCCUCAGGUCCCCACUCAGACCAGCACCAGUGUCUGCCUCCGAGAACGUUGGCAGCUCAGAGAGAGCAGGGCCGGCCUGGGAUGGGGGGCAGGUACUCCCCACCUCUCUGCCUCCCCUCCUGCUCCUCAUCCCUCCCUCCCCCUUUAUUACCAUUUUUUGUACUUGAUGCCUUCUCUGUGAGCAGUGGCUCUGUGGGAAGGAGGGAGCCGGGAGCCUGGUGGGAAGCCUUCCCCAGAGAGAUGGCUUUAGGGGCUUUAUUUAAAGACUGUGAUGAUGGAGCCACGCAAGGCUGCACCUCUGUGUGUUGGGAGACGAUGAUGAUGUCCAUUGCUGUGUGAUGGCUUGGAAUUUAAUUUAUUAAAGUCAAAUUGGAGUUUAUAAACUGGAAAA